AUCAAUUUUGUCUUUCUUUUCAAAGCAGCACGUAGCACGUGUAGACGCUGCGGUCGACUUGCUUAUCAUCUAAUAAAAUUACUUAGGUUAGUCAGUCAGCACAAUGCCGUCCGACGCGAAGAAGCGGGCCCAACAGAAGAAGAAGGAGGCGGCGAGUAGCCGUAACAAGAAGCCCGUGGCGCGGGUCACGCCGGGUGAGGAAAACGGGUCCGCCACCAACGGGACCGCGGCCGAGGACCGCGAACUCACUGCCGAAGAGGCCCUGUGCCUUAAAUUGGAAGAGGAAGCGAAGAUGAAUUCUGAGGCACGAUCAUGCACCGGCUCAUUGGCCGUGCAUCCUCGCUCCCGAGACAUCAAAAUAGCCAAUUUCUCAAUCACAUUCUAUGGCAGCGAGCUUCUCCAAGACACACUGCUCGAGCUCAAUUGUGGGCGAAGAUAUGGUCUGGUUGGCUUGAAUGGCUGUGGCAAGUCCUCGCUGCUGUCUGCGCUGGGGCGGCGCGAGGUGCCCAUCCCGCAGCACAUCGACAUCUUCCACCUGACGCGGGAGAUGCCCGCCUCCGACAAGACCGCGCUGCAGUGCGUCAUGGAGGUGGACGAGGAGCGCGUCAAGCUCGAACGGCUGGCCGAGGAGCUCGUCGCGUGUGAUGAUGACGAUGCGCAAGAGCAGCUGAUGGAUGUCUACGACCGGCUGGAUGACCUGAGCGCGGACACGGCGGAGGCCCGCGCGGCGCACAUCCUCCACGGUCUCGGCUUUAGUAAGGAGAUGCAGCAGAAAGCCACCAAGGACUUCUCCGGAGGUUGGCGCAUGCGCAUAGCGUUGGCGCGUGCGUUGUACGUGAAGCCUCACCUGCUUCUGCUGGACGAGCCCACCAAUCACCUCGACCUGGACGCCUGCGUCUGGCUCGAAGAGGAGCUCAAACAUUACAAGCGAAUUUUGGUGCUGAUCUCGCACUCGCAAGAUUUCCUGAACGGCGUGUGCACGAACAUCGUGCACAUGAGCAAGCGGCGGCUGAAGUACUACACGGGCAACUACGAGGCGUUCGUGCGCACGCGCAUGGAGCUGCUCGAGAACCAGAUGAAGCAGUACAACUGGGAGCAGGAUCAGAUCGCGCAUAUGAAGAAUUACAUCGCCCGCUUCGGUCACGGCUCAGCCAAGUUGGCUCGGCAGGCUCAGUCGAAGGAGAAGACUUUGGCCAAGAUGGUGGCUCAGGGGCUCACGGAGAAGGUGGUCGACGACAAGACCCUCAAUUUCUACUUCCCGUCCUGCGGGAAGGUGCCUCCGCCUGUUAUUAUGGUGCAGAACGUAUCGUUCAGGUACACGGACAGCGGGCCGUGGAUCUACAAGAACCUGGAGUUCGGUAUCGACCUGGACACGAGGCUCGCGCUGGUCGGACCUAAUGGUGCCGGCAAGUCUACACUGCUCAAACUGCUCUACGGAGACUUGGUGCCUUCAACGGGUAUGAUCCGCAAGAACUCGCAUCUGCGCAUCGGGCGCUACCACCAGCACCUGCACGAGCUGCUGGACCUGGAACUGUCGCCGCUCGACUACAUGAUGAAGGAGUUUCCUGACGUGCGCGAGCGCGAGGAGAUGCGCAAGAUCAUCGGGCGCUACGGCCUCACUGGUCGUCAGCAGGUGUGCCCGAUGCGUCAGCUAUCGGACGGGCAGCGGUGCCGCGUGGUGUUCGCGUGGCUCGCGUGGCAGACCCCACACCUGUUGCUACUGGACGAGCCCACCAACCACCUCGACAUGGAGACCAUCGACGCGCUCGCCGACGCCGUCAACGAGUUCGACGGCGGCAUGGUCCUCGUCAGCCACGACUUCAGACUUAUCAACCAGGUGGCUGAGGAGAUCUGGAUAUGCGAGAACGGCACGGUGACCAAGUGGGAGGGCGGCAUCCUCAAGUACAAGGACCACCUCAAAUCCAAGAUACUCAAGGAGAACGCCGAUAACGCCGCCAAAAUACGCAAAUAGUCAAAUGCUUAGCUUACGUUUAGAUUAUUUACUCUUAGAUCGGGACCACUCCUACUGCACAUCUGUCGGACGGAACGCGACGGUAUUAUUUUUAUUUCUUAACAGGACAGUCCGUUCCAGGGUUGGGUAUAUUAAGCUAUCCACUAGGUGAUAAUUGACGCUUGACAUUUUCGGCAACGACGGCACGACACGGCAGCGCGCGUUAUUCCGCAACGUUGGUGGGCAAUUCAUGUCAAUGUUGCGUGGUAAUGUUGCGUGGUAAUGUUGCGUGGUAAUGUUGCGUGUCAAUGUUGCGUGGUAAUGUUGCGUGUCAAUGUUGCGUGGUAAUGUUGCGCGUCAAUGUUGCGUGUCAAUAUUGCCGGGGUAGCAGUACACCACGCUAGGCGGUAGUGACGUCACAGCUGUGGGUAGGAGGGCCCAUAGACCAGUUUGUGAUCGAUGAUUAUAAGAUUGUGAUUCUUUACGCUGCCCAGUGAAGCAUAAUUUAGAAGUAUUAUUACAUAAUAAAGCACAGUAACACAGCUAUGAUUGCAGAACUAAGCAGGCGCGGGCGCGCAUCUUGACUGCUGGCUGACAGUACUAAAAUACACGGAUAGUUCACUUUCUAAAAUCACACGCAUAAUUUCGUCAGAAAUAAUUUAAUUAUGAAAAUUAUCUGCCAAACUAUCUUGCAAAGUAGGCUUUGUAAUAAUCUAACAGUAGCAGCAAUCCGGAACAGGGAGUUAGCUAUGCGUAUGUCCCGUGCAUUAGGGGGCGAGUCAACGGCUAUUAACCGGGCUCAAUCUUGUCGAAAACUCAUCAAGUCGAAAAUACUGGUUGAGAGCCCCAGCUGAAUUCGAGCCGUUGACAGUAAGAUGUAGUCACGCGUUCUCGCUAUGCAAAAGAAAAAAAGCUUUAAAAUGAAAAAGAAUCAUAUGAAAUAUUUUGUUCGUGUUACCCCAAUAGACCUAAAAUUCAACAGCUAUGCAGUGGAGGUCAGUGCCCGUACCUGGAUAUUGUAUAUUAUGGUGGUAAUUUUAAAAUGUGCAAGACUAUUCUAAUUGUGGGGUUAUCAUUAAAUAUUAGCGAAUGGCGUUUAAUAUCCUCACAGUGUGACGACUAUUGAUGACGGAUUUCAUUGCUGAGUAGCUUUUUCCCAUGAACUUGACUGUAUGAAGUAUGAACUAGAACUGUAAAUAUGUAGUAAAUCAAUAAAACAAAUGUAAUAUAGCAACUUUUCCGACCGCAGCUGUGAGAAUCUACAAUCGAGUGACGUGUAUAGUCAUGAGUAAUAUCAUGUACCCACUUUAGAACCCUGUAUCACUAUCAUAUUUGAAAUUUAAUGAGACUUACGGUUUAUUUUGUCAAAAACGUUAAUGUGACAUGGUAUCAAAGUACAUAUUAGUACUAGUGACUGUACAAGUUGUCGGCACGCGGGUUAACAAUGGGAAUGACGUAAACUUAUUAAAAAAAUGUAACUUUUGUUAGUACCAUUCCAUAUUUAAAACUUACAACGAAUUGUUAACUGCUUGAAUUCGUUUUAUUUUGUAUAAAUGUUUCGCGCCCGUCGUUUUCCCUGUCUAGAAAAGUUACGCGCCUUCCGUACGCAGCGUCAGGCCCAACAACGCGGGUUUAUGAUCCGCGGCGUAUAACUUGUACAAUGACCUUGAAUGUGCAGUGACAAAUUAUUGGGUCUCCAUUGAAAUGCGAUAUGAGGGUACGCGACAGGCAACGCGUAACCAUGACAACCAGAGACGCUACCUGCGCGGACGACCGUUUUUAUUCAACUUACACGCCGCGGAUUAUACCGAUUUUCACUAUGGCGACGAUAUAUUGCAAUAGGGAGUAAUAAUAAUAUUUUGGAGGCGACAGAUGGGGUUAAAUCUGACGCUUCGUUCGGCCAGGGACCUUAUUUUUUAAUUGCUCGUCUUCAAGUCACGUUCCAAAAUAUAUACCCACUAGCUUUUGCCCGCGGCUUCGCUCGCGUUAAAUUCGGAGUAACACCAAUACGGGAUAACGUACCAAUUUUUAGCUUUCUACCUUGAAAACUGCGAUAAAAUCCCAUAUAAAAUUUCACCCCCUGUUUAAAGUGGUGGGGGCAGAUUCCCAAAAAAUUUUUUUUGUUAGUUGUUGAAAAUUACGGAAUACUCCAUACUUACUUCCACCCCUCAUUUUAGGGAAGUGGGAGGUUAGAAAGAGACGAAAAGUUGCCCAUGUAACUCUCCAUCCCUUUCAACUAUCUCUUAAAAAUCACGUCAAUUUGUCGCUCAGUUUUGCCGUAAAGACGGAUAAACAGACAGACACACAUCAUAUUUCAUACUUUCGCAUUUAUAAUAUUAGCAUAGGAUAAGAAAUCAUACUACGUAUAGAUCGGCAACUCGCUAGGUUUACCUCACCCCCCUCGAACAUAGUUACGACUUGAAUCGUAUGGUGUCAGACGUCAUACACACAGAUGCGCGUGUUGAUAAUAUCAAUGUGUAGUGUCUUUGUAAAACGAGGUUGUAUGAAGUGUCCGGGGUGUGAAUAUUAGUAUGGAUUUCACGUACCUUGAAGUAGUACGUACGAACUUGUCAUUUGCAAGAUGAGGUACAUAUAUUUUGGCGCGCGAGUUGAUGGCGAGCAAUUAAAAAAGAGGCCCCAGUACGCGCAAGCUGCGGCCGACAACGCAUUUGCAUCUUAGUGUGGUAUUAAUAAACUAAUCUCAGCUUUGAGACUGCCCUCAAGAUCAUGUCUAUGUGACAGUUCUUAUAUAAAAACAGGGACUUGAGCAUGAUCUCGAGGGCAGUCUCAGCUGAGAUUAGUUUAUAAAUACCACCCUUAAACAUGUUUCCACUGGUGACUGGGCAAUAGAUAGAUGUCUUUAUUUAAUGUAUACUGUAUUUCGCAGUCUUUUUAGGACAGGUUUUGAUGUGUACAAAUAAUCUAUUAUAUGGUUUAAUGAAUUUAUUAAUGACUGAAUAACUAAUGAAUUGACAUAAACCCCCUCUCCCGUCUGAUUAUGCCGGUAAUAGCAAAUUAUAUUAGAAAUUGUUUUGUCCAAUGCGUGUUGAUAUUAAUCACUAAUUACAUAUACAUAACAUAAACAGCCUGUAUACGUCCCACUGCUGGAUAUAGGAUCCCCCUCAAGUAACCGGAGGGGGUAUGGAGCGUUCUCCACCACGCUGCUUCACUGCGGGUCGGUACAGGUGUUCUACGGGUAAUAGCCGGUACCAGCUUAACGUGCCCUCCGAAGCACGGAAUCAUCUUACUUUUUCGGACAAUCAGGUGAUUCAAGCCUGCAAUGUCAUUACCAAACAAAGGACAGUCUCGCAAAGUAAUUUCGACAAUGUGCCCAUCGGGAAUCAAACUCAGACCUCCCGAUUGAGAGCCUAACGCUCUAACCACGGAGGCUGUAACAUUAUAAUGUAGCUAAUAAUUAUUUUCCUGCCACUGGCUACAUCUGCAGGGCGUGUGGUAGGCCUUGCCGCUCUCGCGUAGGCUUAUAUAGCCAUGGAAAAAAGUGUCUCCUAGACACUGUAUAAAUCAUCUGAUAAGAAUAUAUGAGGCGAUGAUAUACAAAAUCUUUGCCUGUUGAAAAUUAAUAAUUCGUUUGCGUUUCGAAGCUAAAGAACAACUAAGUUUGGUUCAUUUGGCGGUCGUUGAAGACAAUAAUACAGUAGUUUGGUCCUUUAUGUCGACGAGAAUCUUGUCUCACUUGGAUGACAUUGUCUCUACAUAUUCUCCGUUUACAACAACUGUCAAAAAUGACGUUUUUAUUAUACUAUAAUCAAGAAAAACGCAACAAUGAGUUCGUUUUUCUUCGACGUCACGGUGUACGUUUUCGUACAAAUUCCACAGUAAUUUCUCGUUUUGACUUUUAGUAAAGUGGAACUGAUUUGUCUGAAUGGAAACUAGCCAGUUCUGAUGUUUGAGUUCACGACAGCGAAAGCGUUUUGUCUAGGCCGUCUGGAGUGAAUGUUUUUGCGUCAGUCUCAUGGAGCAGAUACAGAGUUAGGGUAUGUUCACACUGGCCAAUGUGUAGCAUAUGUGGAGGCCACCGUUGCACGGGCAGGAAUAAACUAUACAUUGGUAGGCAGAUCCUACUUGGGUAGACUCACAAUAAGGGCCGUUCCACCACUUGCUGAUAAACUGUCUGAUAACAUAACACGUACUUUAUUGCACACACGGGAGAUUUAAAAAAAAUAUACGGUCGAAUUGAGAACCUCCUCCUUUUUUUGAAGUCGGUAAAAAGACAGAAACAAAAGAGAAAUAUUAGUACAAUAGGCGGCCUUAAUGCUAAUAUAUUAGCAGUUGUUGAUAUAGCUUAUCUAACUGAUAAAUCUGUAGUAGUAGUCUAUUGCCAGAUAUGUUCUGGAUACAUUUAUCAGUACGUCGUGAAACAGAACCUUGGUCACUGGAAUUAUAGUGCUUACUUGUGUAAUUUUUAUAAGAAUGUUACCAGCUGAAGCUGUAUCCGCCAGUACUGCCAAUAUAACGUAAUUAAGAACGAUGAGCGACUUUCCAGGCUGUGUUCCUCGAACACUAGAUGGCGCUGUACAUAUUUUUAUUUCUCAUUUCAUGGACAAAAGACAUUAUGCAUCUUUUAUCUUUGUUUUUGGGUAAACAUGAUGAACCUUUUUGUGCGGAACUGGAGUAAAUUUUAAUGAAAUUGCACAUAAAAGUUAAAAGUGGACUGUAUUUAAUAGGAUUAUAUUAUAAAGUUACAUUUUGAAAGAUUACGCAAAGAGUUGAAGGGAAAGAGUGGUCGAAUUAAAAAACUUAAAUCUAAUGUUGCCACAUUAUUUUAUGUGAGGAUUCGAACACUUUUUAUUACAGACACGAUUACAUUUUCCACCCAUUAUUAUUCUAAUGAAAAUGAAGAGAAGCAAUAUAGGUAGCAACGUAAUUCCAUAAGUCGAGGAGCUCGGUGGCGCAGCGGUAAACGCGCUCGGUCUGCGAUUGUUGAAGUCAAGCAACUUUCGCAAAGGCCGUUCAUAGGAUGGGUGACCACAAAAAAAUAGUUUUCAUCUCGAACUCCUCCGUGCUUCGGAAGGCACGUUAAGCCGUUGGUCCCGGUUGCAUUAGCAGUCGUUAAUAACCACCAAUCCGCACUGGGCCCGCGUGGUGGCUUAAGGCCCGAUCUCCCUAUCCAUCCAUAGGGAAGGCCCGUGUCCCUGCAGUGGGGACGUUAAUGGGUUGGUGAUGGUGAUGGUGGCAUACAUCAUCAUCACCAGCCGUAUGACGCCUACUGCUGGGCAUAGGCCUCCCCCAAGGAUCUCCACGACGAUCGGUCCUGCGCUGCCCGCAUCCAGUGGCAUACAUAAUUUGAACCAAAUAUAUAACUAUUAUUUAUAUAUAUGUUUUUGCCAUUACAUUGUAUUUUAUGUAAUGAGAAAAUAGAGUAAUGAGAAAAUAGGUAAAUAUGACAUUAACCCUUUCACGGACAGAGACCAUGGGUCAUUGAUGGUUCAUAGAUAGUAUGACACUUUGGAAUCGGAACGUCAUUAGACGUUCUGUCCUUGAAAGUGUUAAAGCUAUACAACGCCAUCUGUAUUGUUUUUGGGGCACGCCUGGAAAGUCCCUCAUUCGAGCCUUUGUUACGUAUGAUAACCCCAAAACACCAUGACGCCUUAUGUUAUAUAAAAUAGUAAAUUGUUACGUAGUACUAACUCACGAGGGAAAUAUUCACUAAUUGUUGUAUUCAUGUCGAUAUAUACCUGUAUUUAUAUGUAAAUAGAUUAAUUAAAAACUAAAUCGAAACUCAAAAGCAAUAAUAAAUAAGAUACCAAUAUAAUAGGGUCCAUUCUGGACGUAACAUUUUUAGUUUGACAGUUCGAUUUGGGAUGCAUGAUCGGAAAAUAGAGCGUGGGUACCUCGAUGUAUAAUAGAAACGAAAGAACGAAUUGGGUAGUAUCAUUUGCCAGAGACAAAUUGGUUCGUGUACAAGAUAAAUUAUGAAAUUCUGAUGGCUAAAUAAAUACAGAUAUAAAACUAACGAAAAAUAUUUUUUUUUUCUAUUUAACUUAUUUAUGAAUAAGUACGACAUUUUAUCACGUUUUCGUAUGACUUCACUGUAUGCUUUAAAUACAAAGUUUAUUCAAAUUCAAAUACAAAAAUAUCUUUAUUCUGUAGGUAACAUAGUAACACAUUGAGUCGUCAAUUUUUACAUAACGAAGUCUCAUCCGCCUAAAACUACUGCAGCUUCUCGCAACCUGUAUAGCCGGGGAAAAGAAGCUGCAAGAAAAACCUCGGCACUUUAGUAAAAAGUAACUGAUUUGACUCGUUGGAAUUUGACAAGCCUAUUAUGAAAUUAUGAUUACUAAAUAGACAGGGAGGGUUAAAAAGGCCACAGAUCAAUUGAUUGAUUUUUUUUUAUUUCGAUGUGGCCUUUUUAACCCCCCUGAUCUAAUUCUGACGAAAAACAUUUUCUAUUUAACUUAUUUAUGAAUUUUAAUGAAAAAUAUCUUAAUAUUAAUAUUAGACCGACAUUUUAUCACGUUUUUCUAUGACGUCCCAGUGUGCUUUUUCAUGAAAUAUGCAUAGUAAUUUCGUGUUUUGACAUUUAGUAAAAAAACUGAUUUGACUAGUUGGAAACUAGCUUAUUGCUGUUAAUCGCGCUAGACGUGUAUACGUAUUAUACAGGCAACUUUUAUUGUUGCCUAUCACAGGGAGUAUUGACAUAAAUUGCUGUGUUAUUAUAAUCUUUCGACAAAUAGAACAUUUCUUUUUUAAAACGAGUAAAUUUCCCUUUCUAACCAAUGUAAUCGUCUAGUUAAAAAAUAAGGUGAAAUAUUGCAGCCGAGGGAUCCAUUGAAGGUAGUUUACCUCAGACGACAUUGACUACUUGGCCAGACAAAUGGGGCUCUCAUCCGGUACAAAAAAACAAAGACAACAAAUUGGGUGCGAACUUCGUCUGUGACUAUUUUUCGAUCGCUAUGCUCCCAUUUUAAAACUGUCAGACUCGAAAUUAUAAUUGAAUAAGGUCUAAUCGACACCAUAUUGUAAUAGAAGAAUAAUUUAUAAUACCUAUACCAUAUUCACAUAGUCGAAAAAUGUACUAGUGUAUGUUCGCGGACAGCGGUAGAAGCGACGGGGCGCCCGCGGCCCAGGGGUGUUAAAAAGCCACAUCGAAGCAAUUGACCUAAAAAAAAGCAAUAUUAACUAUUUGAUAUUUUGCAUUGCGCAAUUAUUGGUGCUGGUUUCCAGUACACACCAUCUAAGUUUAUUUUAAGUUAUACCUGUCAUUUUUUCAUCCGCCGAAAAGGAAAGGGACGGGUAAUCGACAGGCAUAAAAUAUAUGGAACACACGUCAAUAUUAUGCAGCAUUUAAAAAUACCCACCCGAAAUUUUAUUUGCCAACAACCGGACAGAAUUAAGUUGACAGCACACGUCUAACGGGUUGCAUAUCAGCGAGAUACCUAUUUUAUUCGUCGGGGCUAUUCAUUCAUUCUCCCAUUCUAAAAAGGAGGAUAUGAAAAGGACCGAUAUGAUUUAAAAUAAAAUUAGGUGUCUGCAGGAAUCAGGGCCAUUUUUUAGAUGAAUUGCUUUGAAGUGUUUUUUUAACCCCCCAGAAAGACCUGUGUGGAAGUGUCGAUUGACGACCCGCGAUGACGUCACUGCCUACCCUCCGGGGCGCCCCGUAGCCGCCUAGAAUUAUAGUAAAUGUCCUAAUGCUAGAUGCCGGAUCGUGAGAGCUUUAGAGUCAGCGCAAACUAAGAGCAGGGAAGCGGCGAACACUUUCUGAAAACAUUGAAUAAUUAACUUACGUUAUGGUAAAGUGAUCUUGCUUCCCUACCAAGUAUCGCUUCGAGCCGAGCGAGCAAUGUGUCGGUGUCAAACAAUAUGACAAUGAUAAAGUUAAUUUCUCCGUGAUAUCAGAAAGUGACCGCGUCGGUACUCUUGCUCAGCGCCGAUACUUACCGAUCAGUUAACGUUUUCAACCCUUUAGAGCGCCGAAAGGGCUCAAACAGUUAACAUUGAUGUAAUAACGCUAAAAAAGAUCACAGAUAUCUUUUUAUUACUCACUCCACAGCUGUUUUUAUUGUUUUAUCGGCAUGCGCAUAUUUUUAUAUAUAAUAGUGUUUAUUUAUAGCUGUUGACAAAUAUUAGAUAGUAUUGUAGAAGUUGUUCGACAGUAGCGGCGGCCGGCGGCGUACGUACUCAGCAGUGUGUGUUACCUCGCGCCAGGGCCUCGCCACGAGACGCGCGCGCCCUCUGAGUUCUCUUGACCACUUGUAAAUCAAUGAAAUUAAAUUAUUAAGUCCCAAGAUUGUAAGAGUAAUAUUUAACUUGUUUUACAGCAUCUUUAAUUUUAUUUUACUCUGAAAUGUAAAGUUUGAAGCUCUGUUCAUCUGUCACUAACCUAAUUUUUAGUUGUUACAAAUUUAAGCUUGAUCUGAGGCAAUUUAUACACAAAUCAAUAAAAAUAUAAAACUCGUCA